AUGGAAUAUGUCGUCCAGUCAGUCAAGGUUCCUUGCUCGAAUGCCAUGUACGGAUGCACCAAGAAGGUCACUUACUACCAGAAAGAAGAACACGAGAAGGCGUGCACUGAUUGGGGGUGCUUCUGCCCAAAGCCCUUCUGUACCUUCCUUGCCCUUGGACCAACGGAGGCGCUUCUGGACCAUCUAAUCACGGAGCAUGAGUUUCCAUCUACAACACUCCCAGAUUCUGACACGGUGUCUCUACACUUAGAGUGGGUCUUCCAUGUUCUGCAACGCAGCCGGACAGACUAUUUUUUCCUGCUCAGGUUGUCAAGAUUGGAGAAUGGACAUGCUGUCUCAAUCAUCUGUGUCCAACCUAGCACUAUGGAACCCAAUAAGCUCACAUGUAAUAUGAGCUUUGACUUCUUUGCGACUGGUUUUCGUGAAAGUUUAAGUUACCCUAUCAGAAGCUCUUAG